AUGACGAAUCGACGGAAUAUUAAAAAUCUUCGAUUAGGGUAUGUUUUCAGAAGAUUUUUUUUUUGAUUUGAAGUCAAAGAAUUAGGUCAGGUUCAGUUCUAGUCGAUGAAAACGUUUUGAGAGUUUUGAUUUAUUUGGAAAAAAUCUUUUUGUUAUCAUUCAAUUUUUAAAUUCAAAUUCAGUUUUUCAAAAAAAAAUCGCAGAAAAAUAAUUCAAAAUUUUAUUUUUUUGCAACCCUUCUAUAAUCAGACUUACUUUGAUCUGAUUUUUUCCAAGAAUAUUUUGAAUGAAGAAUUACUGAAUCUCUAGUCUCAUCGAGAAAUUUUGAAAGUUAGGCCAGAUUAAUUGAGACUAGACCAAUUUCUUAGAUCCAAGUCAAAAUUUUUUUGCAUAAUAUUUUUGUGUUUUUUUUUCUGUUAACGCAUUGAUCACACCGUUCAAAAGUGAAUUAAGCAGCAGAAAAAUAGGAGAAAAAACAAAAGAAUGAACAAAAGAAGUAACUCCCAAAGGGAUUAUUUAUCUAUCAAUCUGAGCCUUUUUUUUCACUCCUUUUUUGCUUGUCUCCUUCUUCUUCUCAAUUUUUAGUUUAGUCAUUUCAGAUAUUUACCACCUAUUUAUUUAUUCCGUUCCCUUAUAUUCUAAAAAAAGUUUUCUCUUUUUCUUCUUUUUUUUCUCAUAUCAUCUUUGCUUGUUGGUUUCUCAUCAUUCAAAUAUUUAUUAAAAAAUAAGAGAAGAAUGGAGAAGAAUGAUAGUAUUUUUACAAAAACAUGAGAAAAUAUUCUGAAGAAUUGGAAACCAGAUCACCAAAAAUUCUAUGACUAAGGGGUCAAGCCCAAAUAAGGCUGGGCUGGAAAUUUUUGAAAAAUACUUCAGAACAAAUUUACUGUUCAUUUAUUUAUUUGUGAUUUUCUGAUUACUUUUGAUGAUUGUUGAAAUGAAAUUCUGAAAAAAUUAAAGCUCUCAAAAAGCAAAGAAUAAUUUUCCAAACAAUUUUUGAAACGAAGAUCCAUGCUUGUUUGGAAAGUAAUUCUAUUCCUAUUCCUACAUGUAUCUUCUAUCUUCUAUGUAGUCAUUUUGAUAUUUGUUUGAAUUCAAAUGCAAAAAAUAGGCGAAGGCGAAGAAAUUCAAUCUCCGUCUAUUUUUCGUGUUUUCUUCUUCUGAAAUAAAAAGAAAAAAGCGCGACGAGUCGAAAUUGCCUCUUUGAGCUUGUUUUCAUUUUUUCAUUAUUUUCGAGAAAAAUGCAACAUUUUAUGUAGGAGAGGAAGGGAAGGUUUGAAGAAUUUUCAGAAAUCCUGGGGCUUUUCAAAAAUUUUCACAGAAGAGGUUUGACGUGGAAAACUUUUUUGAGUACUGUAACUUUUUCCAAGGGAUAAGACGAAAAUUGAUCCUGUGAAAAACUACAGUACUCAAAUUUUUUCUAUUUUUCAGGCUAUUUUACUCUGAGCAGCGAUCUAAAGUAAAAGUUGAAAAAUUUUGAGUUUUCGAAAAUCCAAGUACUCAUUUUUUGACAAGUUCAAGAAUUUUCAGAAUAAUUUUCUUUUAUAAAAGAUUUUUGCAAGUCUUCUAUUUUUUCCAAAACUUCCAUGUAUCAAAAAACAUCAUACUGUGGUUUAAUGUCCUUUCAUUGUUAUAUUUUUUGUUUUCAAAAAACGAAUAUACACUUUCAUUGUUCUCAAUUUCAAUUUCUCCAAAACACGUCAUUCCACUAAAAUCCAGAGAUUCCCAAUUGUUUUUUUUUAUUUAAUUGGAAAAAAAAAGUUUAUACGAAACAAAAUGAAAUGAAAUGAAAUGAUUCAUCCUUUGCUCAAAUAAAUUUCCUGAUUUAGUUAGUCACAUGCUUUUUCUCCUUUUUUGUCGCUUCUUCUUUUUUUCCAACAUACACUGUCAAAUCUCAUUGUGUGAAACGAUGUCGUUGCCGUUUUUUCAUAUCCAAUAAAAUGAAAAAGGCUACUCUAGAGUACUACUACAACUAGAAUAAGUUGAUGAAAAGCUUGUCACACACUCUUUUUUCUUCUUCUUUUCACUUCUAACAUAAAUAAAUGCAGCCUUUUCUGGUUUUGUCUCACACUCUCUCACCCUGAAGCCUUCAAAAAAAAUAAAAUAAAAUGGGAGUGUGUUGUUUUUAAAUUGCACUUUCCUUGUGGUUUCGGAAGAAAAAGGAAAAAAUCGUGACUUUUUUGUCGGACCACGAAUAUAUAAUUUGUUGUGUUUGACAAAAGAAGCCUUGAAUUUCCAAAUUUUUCGCUUUCUUUGCUCACCGAGCAGCUCUUCUUUGUUUGAUCAGAUGAAAAUAUUUUUGACAGUUUCACUUUCAAACUUUUUAUUUUCUUUUUUUAUUUAUUUUUCGGAAGAGUUGUUGCCUAGAGAAAAUAAAAACAAAACCUGAAAGAAAAUAAAAAUUGGCUCAUAAAUUCGUCAAAACCAAACCUAAUUACCAAGACAACAAAACCUCAUCCUUCAUCUUAUUUUUCCCCCCAAUUUUUCCUGAUUUUCAAAUGUUCAGAAGGUCUCAGUCAAUUGCCGGUGUUCGAGGUGUCUCGCCAAGAAUCACUUUGUCAGGAGGAUCGCCAAAUUUAACACCACGUGCACCAUUUAUCAUGUCAAAUACUAUUGAGAUAUCAAUUACUAUACAGUGAGUUUGUGAUUUUUUUUUUGAAAAUUAAUUGUAUUUUUCGAACCCGAUCAAAACUCGUCCAAAAAAAACUAUAUAUUUUUAUUCCAGCGAUUUCUCAACCACAGAAUCAGCCAAUCAAUUAGUAUGCGAACUUUAUGAAAAUGACACGGAGUCUGAAGAUAAAUGGACCAAAGUUGGAUACAGUUCACCUGUUCGAUUUUCUCGAAAUAUCGAGUUUCCUAACAAGUUUACGUAUCCUUAUAUUUUUGAGAAAACUCAAUUAAUCAAAGUUGUCGUGUGAGUUUUUUAAUGACUGAAAAAAGUUCUGCGAAUUUUUGAUCUAAUGAAAACCAAAAUUCCAGUGCUCGGUGUCAUGAAAACGACAAAGCGUCAUGUUCGGACGACGAUAUUCUCGCCUCAACAAUUUUCAAAGUCGACGAACUCAUCGGCUCAUUCGGUCUACAACUUCGUCAAAGUCUCGAUCGAGUUUCGACAAUCUCCAACACAUUGGGCGGCGCUCAAAGAUCAAGUGCCGAAUAUUUGGGCGGCAUCAUUAUAUCAGCCGAAAUGCCCGAAAAAGAACAACCGAUUGUUGUACAGUUUCACGGCAAGUCGUUGGAUCGCAAGGAUUUUCUAUGGGAUGAGACAGCCGUGUUUUUCCGGGUUGGUGUGAUUUUUGAGCACUGAGAUGUGAAAAAAAAGUGUGGGGAGAAAAAUUAAUUACUUUUUAGGUUUAUCGGUUGGAAGAGGGAAAAGAUGAUGACUCUUUAAUUUUUCUAUAUGAAAGUGAAGCAAUAAAAAAUCAUUCACAUCCUCAAUGGUCCGAAUUUCGAUUAGAUACACAAGAUGCUGCUGAUAAUAGAAAUCGAUUACUUGAAAUAUGGGUUAUGUAUCGAGAUGUUGAUGGAAAAGAGGGUUAUAUUGGAAAAUUCUUGACAACUUAUGCUAAAAUGAAAUAUGGACCUGGAAAUGAUAAUGUGUAUAAUGUUAUAAAUGAUGUCAAAAAAGCGGCAAAGAAAAGUUAUGAACAUAGUGGGAAGAUGGAACUUGUCAAAUUCACAGAUGUCUCAUUUUUCUCGUUUUUAGAUUAUAUUGUUAGCGGGUAAGUGAAUAUUUCGAGAAUAAUUACUGUAAUGAUACCUUUUUUUUAGAACUCAACUUCACUUUGAAAUCGGUGUUGAUUUCUCAAGCCCUGAACCAGUUCAUGAACUUGAUCAACGUCGAUUUGAUGGCGAACUUCAUAUGGCAAUUCGAGCAAUUGGAAGUAUUAUUAGGGAUUAUACACCAAAUCGACUUUUUGCGGCAUUUGGAAUUGGCGCAAAGAUUCCACCAACUUUCCACGAAUCAAAUGAAUUUUUCUUGAACUUCACAUUAGAUCCAAUUUGUCGUGGAUUGGAUGGUGUGAUGGAUUCAUAUCGAAAAGCUCAAACAAUGGUAACAUCGUUGAAAGAAUCGAAAUUGUCACCAGUUAUAAAUUAUGUGACAAGAAUGUCGCAUCGUUCCGGAUUCCGCGGUUUACAUUAUCAUGUUCUUGCGUUGUUUACAAGAGGCGAAGUGACAGAUUUGAAGGAUAUUCAACAAGCAAUAAAUGCUGCAUCAGAUGCACCACUCUCAAUUUUGAUUAUUGGAAUGGGUGAUUAUGAUUUCACAUCACUACAAAAAUUGUGUGCGAAGAAAAAAGAUGGAAAACGGGAAUGUUGUCAAUUUAUUCAUCUGAAAACGCUGUUAAAUGGAGCUGAUGCGCCGUGGAAAAAUAAAUCGAGAAUCGCUGAAACUGCGUUGAAAAGUGUUCCGAAUCAUAUGGUACAAUUUAUGCAUAAUGCAAAUAUUGCUGCAAAACCACCGAUUCAGGUUAGUGCGGGGGAGGGGAGAGAAGGUUUCGUGUGAGUCCCCAAAGUUUCUAGGCUGGAAUAAUUCCGGUUGACAGAAAUGAAAUAUUCUAGAUUUGUUGAAGUCUCUUUAAUCUGAAAAAGCCUUGAGCUAUUAAAAUUUAAAUAAAAAAUUUUCAACCAUAAAUCACGGACACAAAGUUUUUUCCACCUGCAAAUACCUAUUUUUCAGGUGUGCCGAUCGCCUUUGUUCCAUAGUUCAUCAUUGAUUCCUGAUAAACCAACUCAAUUUGUUUUCGAUUCCGGUGAACUCGAAAUCCCACAUCUUCAAGCAAUGAUGCCAAAUCUGAUUUUACCUCCUGAUCUUUCACCUCGACCAAGACAAGAUCGAAGAGGAAGUGAUUCACGUAAGAGACUUCAGAAAUUCUACAGUAUUUUUAAAAACAAUUUAUAAUUAUUCAGAAUAUUUGGAUGUUGAAGUGAUGCGUGGAUCAUUGACAGUUCGAGUUCCGGAAAGAUGUCAUUCUGUACUUCAGACAAAUCGCGAACAAUAUCAACGUCGAUUGAAAGAACGCGGAUUGGCGAGAAUGAAAUUUCCACGUGUUGAAUUGAGCACUCUUGAAUCGUCUGGUGGAUCAACACAAGAUAGUUCACUUUAG